UACUGUCUAAUCGGCACACACCCUGCGAAACUAGUGGAGGAAAUUUACACCUUAAUUUUUUUAAUAUACUAAUUUUUUUUGAAUUUCUUUCCUUUUACUUAUACCGUCAUAUCGAAAACACAUUAAGACACAAUGGUUAACGUUCCAAAGACUAGAAAGACUUACUGUAAAGGUAAGACCUGUCGUAAACACACCCAACACAAAGUUACCCAAUAUAAAGCUGGUAAAGCUUCUUUAUUCGCUCAAGGUAAAAGAAGAUAUGACCGUAAACAAAAAGGUUAUGGUGGUCAAACCAAACCAGUUUUCCACAAGAAAGCUAAGACUACCAAAAAGGUUGUUUUAAGAUUAGAAUGUGUUGCUUGUAAAACUAAAGCUCAAUUAAGUUUGAAAAGAUGUAAACACUUCGAAUUGGGUGGUGAUAAAAAACAAAAAGGUCAAGCCUUACAAUUUUAA